GAUGUUUAAAAGACUAAGUUAGCAUAGCAGAUCCAGACUGGCAGAGCCUUCACUUCAAUUUAAAAAAUGCGGAUAAUUAUCAAAAUUAUAAGGUCAAAAGACGAGAUUUGCUGAUUCACUUAUUCUUCCAAUGUAUAAAAUCAGUUUACUGGCAAGUCUUUCUUCUAGCUAGCAAAGAAGCGUUCACUUUAUCAUAAUGAGUGCUGUGUUUCAGAGGCUGAAAUCCAUUGGCAUAGAUCAUGGGAAAAUGGCUGCAAUCUGUCAUUCUUGUCGAGUGAAGCUAGGAAGCAGUAUGCUGCAAACAUUUCCCACUGCUGCAAGGUGCGUUGAAACUUUAAUCAACACCGGUCACUUUUCUGCUUUGGACAUAGUGCCUCAGAGCAAUUUAAAUGGCCGAGGACAUAUACCCCAAGGAAAUGGAAGUAUAUGUAGCUGUAAUUCUGUGAGUAGUCAUGGAGAAGAAACAUUGUCUUACUGUAUACCAAAAAGAAACUUCUCAACUUUACUUCCAUUCCAUCAGGCAGUAAAUACAAAGAAAAAUGUACAGUCCUCGGUUUCAUCUUCGGCCCCUUGCUCAAUUAAGCUUUGCAGUAAAAUAAGAUCGGCAUGGGCCAAAAGCUCGCAACUGAAAUCAGCAAGACAUCUUUCAAUGUCGUCAUCUGAUAACCAUCAUGAGACAUUGAAUAUGUGUUGUAAGCAUCCUGCUGUAAAAGAGGAUAGGAAGCAGGAAGAGAUCUAUGCGCAGGAGCUGAGCAAUGCUUUGUUGGCUGGUGAGAGAUGGGCUCUUGCAAGAGCCAUAACUCUGGUGGAAGCAACCCAUAAGAAGGGGAAGAGACAAGCCCAGGUCCUGCUGAGAAGAGUCCUGGACCACCUUCGAGAAGUGCAGCUGAAGAACAGAGGAACACCUCCUUCAUUUAGAAUAGGAUUGACUGGUCCCCCUGGCGCUGGAAAGUCUACUUUCAUUGAAGCGAUUGGAAAGAAACUGACCGCAGAGGGCCACCGUGUGGCUGUUCUUGCUGUUGAUCCUUCAUCAUCGAUUACUGGAGGUUCUCUCCUUGGUGAUAAGACAAGGAUGACAGAGCUCUCAAGGGAUCCCAACGCCUACAUCAGGGCGUCGCCCUCUGCUGGAACUCUAGGGGGUGUGACAAGGAACACCAAUGAUACCAUCUUGCUAUGUGAGGCAGCAAGCUAUGAUGUCAUCAUUGUGGAAACAAUAGGCGUUGGCCAAUCAGAAUACGUUGUAGCAGACAUGGUGGACAUGCUGGUUCUCCUGAUCCCACCAGCAGGGGGCGACGAGCUCCAGGGUCUGAAGAAGGGGAUCGUAGAGAGGGCAGACUUCAUCCUCAUCAACAAGGCAGACGGUGAGCUUCUCAUCCCAGCACGUAGGAUUAGGAGCGAGUAUACAAGCGCUGUGAAGCUCAUGUAUAAGAGGUCUCCAUUGUGGGCCCCCAAGGUCAAACAGGUGUCCUCCAAGACCGGUGAUGGCCUGAGCAAGGCGUGGGAUACCAUGGAAGAGUACCGAGGCAUCAUGAUGGAAGCCGGCCAGUUCACCACCAAGCGACAGCGCCAGAGGAGGGUGUGGAUGUGGCAGCACAUCAAGGAUCGGAUGAUGGAAGAGUUCAAGGAGAGUCAGGAGCUCCUAACAGAGAUCAAGCAUUGGGAGAAGGAGGUAAUGGCUGGCAGAUGCACCUCAGGGAUUGCUGCGGACAAGCUCCUCAAGAGCUUUUCAAAACUCUCCAGGAAUUUUUGACCUAGCUGUAGUAAAUUCCUAUACAGUGUUAGCAGGUUUGAAAUAAGGAAUGCCUUUCCCUUUUUCAAAUCGACAUUAUUCACUUCUUACACUAAGAUAUAGAAUGCUGAAUCAUUUUUGACAACUACUGACCAUUUCAAAGUUUCAAGUGAGCUAUUAGCCCUCUCAUGUACCUAGUGCUUAGCAUGUGCCGAGCUGGCUGAUCUGCUCAGCACUAGCUAGGUCCAACAAAGUUGUAAGGUUGGGCAUUAUGUGUACAUAUGAGUUUGCACGUUUAUGAUAGUAGGGCAACUAAAGGUAACUUUAAUGAAAUAUCUAGUUCUUGUUAUAAUUAUAGCUAUCAGUGAGGUCUGACCCUUGACGUGGUUCAUUGAAACCUGUAUAGAUUCAAGUGAGACAAGAAAAGGGGUCUUUAUUGGCAGGUGGUCGUUAUGUACAGGUUUCAUUAAUACACGUUUCAAUGAGAAAUCAUUUUUAAGGGACACAACAAAAUUGGUCUCUUUUGGCAGGCUGUGCUUUUAUUCAAGUAGUCUCUACAGCAGGUUUGACUGUAAUAUAUACUUUGCCUUCUCAAUACCCAAGAGAGAAAUGAGGACCAAGUGGGAUGCUGAAAGACAUUGUGAUUCAGUAUUUAAUUGCCAUAUAUGCCUCAAUAGUAUACACCUCAUGGAUUGGAGAUUUUGCACAUAUUCUGUGUGCAUUAAUCUGAUGAGUCGAGUCAAAAUGAAUAUUCAUUAUGCGCUUCAGACGUGCAGGAGGUUCUCUGAAGCCAAAUAGCCGGCAGAGCAAAUACGCUGCAAGAAUCUUAUUUAAGGGGGAUUAAUGGAAAAAGUGGAAGUGAUUUUCUCAUAUUGUAAAAUCAUGUUAUUAUUUUCUAAUAUAGGUCAUGUGUAUAGCUUUGUCUAGUAUGAUGUUUUGUUUGACAACUGUAAAGCUAAUAUGCCAGAUUUAAGAUGUUGAAACCUUUUUUAAGUAUGCAUUCAAAUAUAAAGGGCAUAAAGAAUGUGCUUUCAUGAGUGACACACACAGUUUUUCACUGCAAUCUAGUAUAUAAUACAGAGGUCAAAUGCAAAGAACAAAGUUUAAUAUUUCUUUGCUGCAUAUUUGAUUUUUGAUUUUUAAUACCAUAUAUAUUUCAGAUAUACAGUAGGCUUGGGGGUGUACCAUGUGAGAGAGA